AUGUCAUCUCCCACCGAACCAAAGAUAGCAUCGAGCCUACAAGAGGGUUAUCAGCAUCAGCACACACCACCCAAUAUACUUCUCGCGGUCACUGGAUCUGUGGCGGCCAUCAAGUGUCCUGAAAUCGCUGUCCGUCUGGUGAAAGAAUGCAAGGCAAAUGUCAAGGUAUUACUGUCGCAAGGAGGAAAGAACUUUUGGGACAAGUCAAAAGGUUAUAAUGAGGAAUACUGGGAUUUAUUGUUGGAGGAGGUGAAUAAUAGUGAAUCUGUUUCAAUCAUUCAUGCCGACGACGAAUGGAAAGAAUGGAAUCAACUCGGUGACCCGGUCCUACACAUUGAUUUACGAGAUUGGGCCGAUCUAAUGCUGGUGGCACCCUUGUCGGCACACACUCUGGCCAAACUCGCUCAUGGAUUUUGCGACGACACGGUAUCUUGUGUUGUAAGAGCCUGGGAUUUUGGACACGGUAUUCGUCCAGGCAAACCACUCUUGUUGGCACCCGCCAUGAAUACAGCAAUGUGGCAACAUCCAUUGACACUCCAACAAUUGGAUACGAUAUGUGGCUUUUGGAAUUUCCAAGGGGAUAGUCGCAACGGAAUACAAAUUGUGGAACCUCAGGAAAAGAAGCUAGCCUGUGGAGAGAUUGGAAACGGAGCUCUAGCAUCUGUUGAUGUCAUUAUUGACGCUGUGCGGACUAGGUUUAACAUGAAAGAUAUAUGA